AUGCGCAGUGUGGCGAAAGGGGGGACGGGCCGUGGAGUGUUUAUGCACGUAAUGGCGGCGGACAGGCUGUGAUGAACCACGGCCAAAAACCCACAGUCAGCGAUCCAGCCCUCGGUCACUUUCCACACCGGCGACACGGAAGAACGCGAAAAUGCAGAUCACGCUGAAAACCCUCCAGCAGCAGACGUUUAAAAUCGACAUCGACGCGGAGGAGACGGUAAAAGCCUUAAAGGAAAAAAUCGAGAAUGAAAAGGGAAAAGACGGGUUUCCAGUGGCAGGACAGAAGUUGAUAUACGCAGGCAAAAUCCUGAGCGAUGACACGGCGCUCAAGGAGUACAAGAUAGACGAGAAGAACUUUGUGGUGGUUAUGGUCACAAAGCCUAAAUCAGCGUCUGCACCGGCUCCUCCUUCCUCGUCCUCUUCCUCCUCCAGCACUACAGCAUCAGCGGCUCCGGCUGCAGCUCCAGCAUCUGAGAGUCCGUCUGAAGAAGAGAAGAAACCAAGUGAGGAGAAACCCAGCAGUGACCCAGCACCCGCCACUACACCUGUCAGUUCUGGUUCUUUACCCAAUGCAAACAUAUUUGAAGAGGCGACGUCUGCGCUGGUGACGGGUCAGUCCUAUGAGAACAUGGUGACGGAGAUCAUGUUGAUGGGAUACGAGCGAGACCGCGUGGUGGCGGCACUAAGGGCCAGUUUCAACAAUCCUGACCGAGCGGUGGAGUAUUUGCUCACGGGUAUCCCAGCUGAGGGCGAGGGCAGUGUUGUGGGUGCAGUGGAUGCAGUGUCUCCUUCAGGGGGCACUCCAGCUUCAGCUCCGGCUCCUGCUGUAUCCACAGGUCUCUCCUCUCCGUCCAGCACAGCUCCAGCACAGCCCAGCUCAGCAUCCGGAGCAAAUCCUCUGGAGUUCCUGAGGAACCAGCCGCAGUUCCUGCAGAUGAGGCAGAUCAUCCAGCAGAACCCGUCGCUGCUCCCGGCUCUACUGCAGCAGAUCGGCAGAGAAAACCCACAGCUCCUGCAGCAAAUCAGCAGCCACCAGGAGCAGUUCAUCCAGAUGUUGAAUGAGCCGGUGCAGGAGGCGGGACAAGGGGGCGGAGCAGGGGGUGUGGCUGAGGCUGGGGGCGGGCACAUGAACUACAUCCAAGUCACACCCCAGGAGAAAGAAGCUAUUGAGCGGCUAAAAGCCCUCGGAUUCCCUGAAGGACUCGUUAUACAGGCCUAUUUCGCUUGUGAGAAGAAUGAAAAUUUGGCCGCAAACUUCCUUUUACAACAGAACUUUGACGACGAUUAGAGGAGUGGCGGCGUCUUCAUCAUUUCCCACCCUCUUAUGUUAUUUUUUUUUCUUUUCGAAUGAUCAUUUUGGAGAAGAAAAUCUAUACAAAUACACACUUUUCUCUCACGCACACACAGGUUGUCAUGUUCUGUCUAGAUAUACACACUGGAUGACAUGAAAACGUCCGUCUGGAGGCUGAAAUCAAUCAGUAAAAGCCUCCUUUCUUCAUUAACACUUGCCUGUGUGUGUGUGUGAAACCUGUUUGUUUUCAUCUGUUCUUUUUUAUGACCAAUAAAGAGCAUUGUUUUCUCCAUUGUUA